ACAUUACAUAUUAACUAAAUCGUACAAAUAGUACCUAAAUCUGAUCUGGAUUGCGAUCUAAAUGAUAUGUGCACUCAACAAACCAAUAUUAGUGUUCAUAACUAGCGAGUAUCCAAAUUAGUUAUUAAAAACAGAAUUACAAAUAAAAUUACGAGUUUUAGUGAAAAAGUGAAAUGCAUUGAGCCAGCAAAUGAUUCUUAUCAGUGAUUUCUAUGACAGACCAAAAGCCUUCAUUUGCAUCGCUUAGUGAAGUGAAGUCGCGGCUCUCUUAACACUGGAUGCUAUACCGUUCAUGGUCAUAAGUUUUUUUUUUAUUGCCUUUGUAGGCACACGAGCAUACGGCCCACCUGAUGGUGAGUGGUUACCGUCGCCCAUGGACUUCAGCAAUGCCAGGGGCAGAGCCAAGCCGCUGCCUACCGCUUAAUACUCUCCACAAGCCUCGUUUGAAGAAGGACAUGUCAUAGCGCUCGGGAAACACCGUGGAGGGGAGCUCAUUCCAUAGCCGGAUGGUACGUGGCAAAAAAGAUCUCUGGAAACGCACUGUGGAUGACCGCAGUGGCUCCAGGUAGUAUGGAUGAACUCUACUCCGGUGGCGGGCGGUGCGAUGGUAAAAACGAGACGUUGGUAUCAUCUCGAACAAUUCCUCAGAGCACUCCCCAUGGAACAUGCGGUACAAAAUACAGAGGGAACCGAAGUCCCUCCGCAAGUACUUAGAGAUAUAGCGAAGCAACGGGCUACCACUAACAUAAAAUUAACUAACAUUAAAUAUUAAUAAGCAAGCUAGAUUAGAUUAAAUAGGCCAGAAUCCCACCGGUGAGAUUAUGAAAGAACGGAGUGGAUGCGACGUAUGGGUUGCGGAUGCGGAGGAAUGUAUGAUGAAACUGAAGUGAAUAAGAUACUUAAGGUCUCCGAAUACGUAGGAGGGGAGACUUGUUAAAAAAAAAGGAAAAUGAAAACGGGCUAACACUGAGCUCUCCUUGAAGCGUUUGAAGAAGAAUAAAAGAUAAUUCGAGAAUAUGAAGCCGACUUACUCCCCUCAUUGUACUGCAGAACAAGCUUAAUACGCGAAACUUAAAUUUUUUAGAGUGAUCCAGAAAACAAGCUAUCGGUUGCGCCUACUAAGUUUCUCGCCGGAUCUUCUCAGUGGGUCGCGUUUCCGAUUCGGUGGUAGAUUCUACGAAGCCCUGCUCUUGCUAGAGCCAGUGUGAGCAACGGUCCCGGUUUGAGCCCCGUGAGCUCACCUACUUGUUCGCUGAAUCUAUAAUAACCCCUCGUUAUUAGAAUAGGUAGCCAAAAAAUGUGGUUCGCAAUCAAACAUGAAUCUCACAUCUCUUUUUCCUCUUGCGUCCCACAUUAGUCGGGAUCAUCAAUUUUACGGCUGGCCUGCCUGACGUAAAGACUCCUUAGGUUAUAUCUCCAGUAGUAUAUCUAUUGCAACAUAUAAUAUAGAGUAUUUUUCUCUUUCUUUAUUUAAUUUUUCUCAUACUUCAAACAUUUUUCGUUCUAUGAUUAGCAUUUUAAUAUAAUAUUAUCAACAUUGAUUCUCGCACCUGUGACGUUUGUAAUCGCGAGCGAACCGUUUUCUUCAGUAAUGAUAUUCUCUGAACGAGACCAAACAGUUCUUAUCUGCGAUUGGUUGAUAUCACGAGACAUCUGUGAUGAUAAUAACAGAAACAAUUUUAUAAUCAGACAAACACAAAGACGUAAGAUAGUUCUUGGAAAUUAAAAACUUUUUUUUUAUAAAUUAAGAAUACAUUUAUAAUAAGAUUAUAUUUCUUACCGUUAUGGACUUUAAGCAUACGUAUAUAUAGUCUGAGCAUUGAUUAUAUAUCUUUAUAUAUAUAUUUCUUCUGUGCGUGUGUUUGUUACUGAACUCCUAAACGGCGGGACCGAUUUUAACGAAACUUUCUGUGUACCUUCAGGUGGAUUUUAAAAUGGCUUAGAUUGACAAAUCAACCUGGCAGAUGGCGCUGCAGCGGUAUCUAGGCUAUUUAUCAUUCCUAGAAAAAAAAAUAUAUGGCAAAACAACGUUCUUCUAAAUAUACAAUGUACCUGUUUUGUCGUUUGCUUACAUUAAAUCCAAACUAGGUAAGAGAUGACAUACGUCAUUUUUGAGACACGUCAACUUGUCGAAACAAAUAAACAUAGUUUUUAAUACUAGGUUAAUUGUUUUACUAGGUUACGUGACGUCAUAAUUUUGACGUCAAAGCUAAUUAACUUAAGGAUAACGUUUCGGUAAUUACAUAAUAUAUUUCCGCCAUCAGCAAACUGGUGUUAGGAGAAACGCGCGGAAAAAACAUUUUAAAGGAAAAAUAAUGUAAUUAAUGAAUAAUAAAUAAACGGGAUGUUUUGGGGAAAAUCCAUUGACAACAUUCGAGGAGUCCACUCGAACUCGGAUAUACCAUGUUCUCAUCUACCAUUAAUAUCUGCAAUAUAUUUGCAAUAUCUUUGCUGAACCAGAUUCUCACUUUACAUUUAUUAUUUACUUCGACGAAUGUGUUAACGCUUCUAUUUCAUUCCUUUAGUCAUAAUGUUUCCUUACACGUAGUUUAUUUACAUUGAAAAGUAAUGAACAUUAAAUUAACGAAGAUCUUAAUAUAUAUUUUUUUCCUGAUUCAUUGUCUAAAUACUUUUUAAAAUCACACAAUACACAUAUUGUAAGUGGAGGACAAACUCACGGACUAGGAUUAAGUGCAAUUAAUCGUCGUGGCCUAAAGGAUAGGACGCCCUGUACAUUCGUAUCAAACGACGCAACGGUGUUCUAAUCCCGUAGGCAAGUACCAAUUUAUCUAAUGAAAUGCGUACUCAACAAAUGGUCACGAUUGGCUUCCACAGUGAAGGAAUAACAUCGUGUAAUAAAAAUCAAGCCCGCAAAAUUUUAAUUUGCGUAAUUACUGGUGGUAGGAUGUCUUGUAAGUCCCCAUGGGUAGCACCACUCCAUUUCUGCCGUGAAGCAGUAAUGCGUUUCAAUAUGAUGAGUAGAGCGGCCGUUGUACUGUUAAAAUGAGACUUUAGAACUCAUUUUCAUGCGACAGUUACGUUGUAGAUGUCUAUGGGAACCGGUAACCACUUAACACUAUUUAAGCAAUAAAUAAAAUUGUUGCCACAACUUAAAGACAGAACAAGGUGUCGUCAUGCACUUCGGAACUUAUUGAGUCUUACAAAAAACUACUGUCAAUUAAGACUUUCCACAAUGACAUAUGGCGUUGACAACACAAAAAUGUAUGUCCUUAAAAUACAGGUCACUAAUGACAGCACGUGUAACUCUUUACGUAACACCUCAAAACGCAUAACUUUCUCAGCGUAAAUAUUGUAGGUUCACAUUCUAAUUUAUAGAAACUAGUCCCGAUUUGUGAUAUAUGCGGAUCUUGUUAUAUUAACAUUUCUCUAUCGAAUUUCUCAAUAAAUGAAUUCUGAGAUUUCAGGAAUUUUUUUGGAAAGUUUUAGAAGUUAGAGAAGUUUUAUUUUUUUUGGAAAGAAGGCAUUUAAAAUUAACAUAACUAUUUAUUGUCAUUAUUAUUACGGAGUCCAACACUCAUAUAAAUAUUAGCCUAUCCAUUAAGCACAUGUAUUUUCUACAUGGAUACCAAGUUUCAAAUCAAUCGGAUGCAUGGUUCAGUAGUUAUAACGGAACAUCCGUAAAAACCACUGUAGAUCUAUAUAUUAGUAUAGAUUAUGUGACCUAAUGUCAAAAAAUAUUCAGAGCAGCUUCAGUAUGUACAUGUAAUCAAAUGACUAACUCUUCGGCUGUAUAAAUUGCAUUGACGUCUAACUGUACUGUCAUUUAUGCGGUAACACCAUAGAGUGGCGCUCCUACGUCGUUGGCAACUCGAACGCAGUGUUUCGCUGGCCGAAUUAAAAUGAAGACGUUUUUUUGUUUGGCCGUGUGUUUUUUUGUUUGCGUGUCUGGUUGGGGACGCGGGGACCUAGAGAAAUUCGGACCGUUCCAAUUGGCUCUGCGUUCUGGGUUAUUGAAAUGUAAUCAUAACAGAAACUUGAAUUUGGACGUCAGCGGGAUCGAUGUAUAUUUCUAUGAUUUUUCAAAGAACGAGGUGAAAACGUUUACCAUCGAUGAAGCAGCUAACGGUAUCCUCUCAUACCCAAAAUUGGAUAAAAACAAGAAAUUCAUCACCUUCGUUGGUGGCUUCAAAUCACAAAUCCACAAACGUACCGAGGAACAAAUCAGAGAUGCUUUCAGAACUGUACCGAACAGUUAUUUGAUCAUGUUGGAUCAUUCUCUAUACACCAACAACAAACAAGGCAAUAGGAAGAGCUACGAGAGAUCUGUUAAGUACGUUCACUAUAUUGGUAAAGCGUUGGGACAAAUGUUGGUUAAAAUUCGUGACGGCGGUGUAACCACACAGAAAAUGCACUGUAUUGGCCACAGUCUUGGAGCGCAAAUAUUGGGACAUGCUGGCGAUGAAUUCAUGAGGCUGGGCUUUGAGAGAAUACAGAGGAUCACCGCUUUAGACCCAGCCGGACCUUGCUUUUCGAACAGUUUUAUUGAGGAGCAGGUUAGAGCUGGUGUGGCGAAAUACGUUGAGGUCUACCACUGCAAUGCUGGCGGUUUGGGUAGUUCCAGCGUAUUAGGCGAUGUGGACUUCUUCAUUAACAAAAACGGACAAACCCAACCCAACUGCAGCACUCCUUGGAUUCCCGGCAUCUUUGACUCGCCAAAAGCGGCUUCGUGCAAUCACAGAACUUGCAUUGACAUUUGGACUGCGUCAGUGAGACAUCCAGAAUGGUUCCCGGCAUGGAAAUGCAACUCGUAUAAGGACUUCAAGAAGGGAAGAUGUGCAACCAGCGAAAUGUCCAUAGCCGGCUAUUGGAAUCCUGGAAAUGCAACUGGUAUAUACUACUUCAAGACCGAUGGCUACAAUCUGAGUUCAUAAUCUGGAGAGUCAAAGAUAUCGCCAAUUGAUAUGACAUCAUUUUGAUGUUCUUCGUAAUAAUAACAACAACAAACUGGUUUUACUGGUGGUAGGACCUCUUGUGAGUCCGCGCGGGUGGGUACCACCACCCUGCCUAUUUCUGCCGUGAAGCAGUAAUGCGUUUCGGUUUGAAGGGCAGGGCAGCCGUUGUAACUAUACUUGAGACUUAGAACUUAUAUCUCAAGGUGGAUGGCGCAUUUACGUUCUGGAUAUCUAUGGGCUCCAGUAACCACUUAACACCAGGUGGGCUGUGAGCUCGUCCACCAAUCUAAGCAAUAAAAAAAUAAAAAUAAUACAAAGCAAAGAUAGGACAGAAGGAGCUAUCCCAGCUAAUGUUUUAGGUGUAUCAAAGUACAGAACAAAUUGAUUUUCAGUAAACGGAAUUGUAGUUUUGCAUAUAAAUAUUAUCUGAAAUGUAAAUAAAGUAUAUGUUUAAGCAUA